CGCCCCUCUUUACUUUUUAAUCUCAUCGAUAGUUUAAAAACUAAGCAUUACUCGAGGAUCGGAUAAAAAAAUAUCUAUUACAUACAAAGCUGUAUUACACAAGUUAAACAUGAAGGAAUUACAACCAGUCAAAUUUUCUGAAAUUAUUACUUUUUCUUUGGCAACACAAGAAUGUUUGGAUAACAUAACAACCAUAGAUCAAAACGAAGCAUACUGUAGUGCACUUAUUUCUGAUUCAGGAAAGUUUGUUUACUUAGCUAAAGGAGGGUUAUUAGAAAUGAUCAAUCUCCCAUCUGGUAAAAGAAUAUCAGCUUGCAAUUUUAGUUCAAUAAACUGCCAGAGGACAAUUACUUGUUUCUCAUUAUAUCAAAAUAAAUUACUUGUUGGUCUCAAAUGUAAUUCUAAUAUCUCAUCAGGUAUAUUAUGUGUUUAUGAUCCUGGAGUAUCUCGAGUUAUAGCAGCUAUAUCAAUUCCAUCUUCACCUUCAUCAAUAUGUGUAAUUAAAGAAAGUGGUGGUGUUUAUGGAGAUGUAUCAUUUUUAAGUGUUUCACUUAAGUGUUUUUUUGGUGCUGCUGCUGUUGGCACAGUCGAUGGACAUUUAUAUCUGAUUGACUUACGAUCAGAUGAAACAGCAGAACUAUUUUCAAUUUCAUCCCCAAGUUCAAUUCUUGUUAUUGAUCCAGCUGAAAUUGGCGAUAUAAUUCAACUUCGAGAUAAAGCUAGAGUAACUGAUAAAUAUUGCGCUGUAGAUUUAGCAGCUUCAAUGUGUUCUUACAAAACCUUUAAAUAUGUAUCUCCAUCUGGAAAAAUCCUUAAAGUAAGCUCAUCAGAAAACUGUGGAGUGACUGCGUUAGAGUUUGUGAAACAAGCAAUUCAGUUAGUGGUUGGAUUUAAUUUUGGGUGUUUUCAAGUUUGGUCAUUGGAACAUUUACAGUUGUUGUAUAGCAGUGAUAUUGGAUUAAAUUUGUCACCUGUCACACAUCUUGUUACACAGGAACCAGAUGAUGAUCCAAGACAUUGCUUCUAUUUAUGGGUUGGUAGGAGUCCAUUGCAGUCACAACAAAGUAUCACUUCACCCACAUCUCUGGAGUUGUUUCAAAUGCUUUACGAGAAAAAAGAAACAAAAAAGAACUAUGGAGUUAUUUACAAAAAUCUUGAGUGUGUGAUGAGUCGUUUUGAGCACAAGCUGACAUCAGAUGUUCAUCAUCUUGUUGACUCUCGAACACCAGGAAGUCGUAUAAUUACAUUGAAAUCAUUAGAUGGAGAUUUAUCAUUGUGUUAUAUUUUGUGGGAAGCACCAACAGGAGAUGGAGGAUUAUCUUGCCAUCUUGGUGUGUUUGAUAUAAAUCGUUGGUAUCAAAAGCAGCUUCCCCCAUCCAUACGACAAGCAAUGUAUGGACGAAUGGAACCACUUUGUCCGUUUUUUAUAUUUUAUUCUAUGACAGAUAUUGCAGAAAAGUUUCUUCCUGUUGGUUUAGUGGAUAUUUUUAUUGAUGGAUGCAGCUGGAAUAACUUCCGCUCAGUGGCAGGACCUCAAAGUGAACAAUUUUAUUGGCCAUCAUCCUCUUCAUUUAAAGCAGUUUGUGUAUCUGAAACCGGGUGCAUUUUUGCUGAAAUGCUAGGCACACAGAGACAGAUUUUGGCUGAUAUUCAUCAAUUGGGAACAGAUACAUUCUUAGAGUCACAAGAGUUGGUUCAGUCUUGCUGGGUCACAGGUCUGCUGAAUAACUUUGACAUCAGAAGAGCUGACAACGAUAAGCGAAAUACUGAAGCAUUACUUACCUUGUCUUUGGAACAUGGAGAUUUAAGUUUUAUUACAAGCUGUAUAAGGAAAUGGUCUCACGGAAGUGUGACUCAUACUGGUUAUAGUAUAAAGCUUAUUUAUGACUGGGCUUGGAACCAAGUAGUGCAGCAUAAAAAAGAUCUUGAUGAGUUUCAUCCACAGCUGUUUAACAGCAUAUCAGAAGAGCUAGAGGAGGAAACCAUAUGCUCCCUAAAGAAAAAUUCUGUUGAACUGCAAUUCCUAGUUGAGAUUUUCAAAGAAAUAGAGAGAGCAAAAGCUUUAACUUUGGAUGAAGGAGAAAAAGAAUUAAAAACACGAACAAAUAUUGUUUCCUAUCUUUCACUGUAUUGCGAUGUUUUACUGCUACUCAUAGAUGGUCGUGUUCUUCCAGAGCUAGAUCAAAAAAUUAAAAAGUCAUCAAGAAAAAUAUCCUAUCCAUUUGAAGUUUUAAAUGAUUUUUAUGAUGCUCGUCGCAUUGAAAAUUCUAAAAAGAAUGAUUCAAACUUAUCUUUACUCAUUGAUUUGAUGUUAAAUAAUUUGGAGCCAUUAAACAUAGGGUCUCGAGAUCAAAUUGAAGAUGAAACAAAGUUAAUUAAAUAUCCUCCAUUUUCAAUUGAGAUAAUGUGUUCUUUCUUCCUUCAAAAUCUUUCUGAAGACGAAUCACCACUUUUGCUUUUUUAUUAUUGGAUCUUAGAUUUAUGUGAAUGUGUAAGUGAACUACAAACUAGCAAAACCUCAGAAAAAAUUAAAGAGUGUUUAAAGCUGUCCCAAAACUCAUCUAUUCUUGUUCAAUCUUUUUGGCUGCUAGAUCAUAAAUUAUAUGCUGAAGCUGUGGAAUCAUUAACACAAUUUAACAUGGCUAUUCCAUGUAUUUACUAUGUGCACAUAGUACGAUUAUUAUACAAGCAGCAACAAACAAAUCUUCUCUUAGCAUUUUGUUCCUGUAAAGAACCUUCUGGUGUUUUAGAAUUGUCUGAUAUCAAGUACAUUGUAAAAGUGUUUUUGAACUUAAAAAUGCUAUCAAGUGCAUAUAAGUUUCAGAGUCUAUAUAGUAAUCAAUCAAUUAAAGAACAGGUUUUCUAUUAUUUUUUGUUGAAUUCCAAAUCCAAUGGUCUUUUAGGAAAGUUGAUUUGUCUGUCUUUGUCUACAGAAGAAGAGAUACAAUUUCAAACAUUUUUGGAAUCAAGCGACGAUAACAAUAGUUACUUGAUGGUGUUUUAUCUUGAAAAGCGAAUGUAUUCAAAAGCAAUAGAGCUUUCAAAAAGACUUAAAAACAUCAAUACUGUAAAACUUGACCAUGUUAUACAGGAUCAAAUAAAUACACAAUGUCUACUUGUUGGAGGAUUUGUUAAAAUGUUGCCUAAUUCACAGCAAAAAAGAAUUUAUAAUUUAAAAACAUUGAAUAAUGUUCUUAAUUUUCCAGAUGGUAACUUAAAUCCACACUCAACUCCACUAUCUACUAUUAUAAAAAAGAGCCAAAAUAGCUAUCCUUCAGCUGAACUUUCCAUGCUACAUAACAUGCUAUAUAAAACUUAUCAUCAAGUUGCUAAAAUAGAUUCUUCUGGGAGAUAUUUUUCAAAUCAAAAAAGAAGAAAAGUAACUCUUUUCGAUAGUGAAGUAAUUUCUCCAAGCAAGAAGUCUAAAGAUAUGCCUAUGGAAAAGAUAAGUCAAUUACCAAUUGGUUCAGCUCGGAGGCAUUUAUAUUCUGGUUCUGAUGCUUACUUGUUAUUAAAAACACCACCUGCUAGACUAAGUAAAAAGAUUAUUCAAACCACCACAGCACCCAGUAAAACGCCUCAAUCUAUUCUUAAGCCUUUAAACAAGACCAUUGUGCAAACAAAUGAAAUUAAAACUGAUGCAUCCCGAAAAACUUUAUUUCAACUGCCAGAACAAACACCGUCUAGAAAAAUACGAUUUGUCGGUUUUAGUUCACCUAAUACUAUAUCUCCCAUGAUAUCACCUUUUGAUACCAUUCAACAUACAAAUAAUUUAUGUGAAACUUCUGAAGACUCGUUUAGCAGCAGUGUAAAAAGUGAGACUCAAGUUAGCUCCCCAAAUUUUGCUGAAGAAAAAACAAUGGAAGUGUCAGAAAUUCAAUUGGAACAGAAAUUAAACGAAAGCAACAACGACAGUUUUGUUAGUUUUGAUACAAGUUAUUCAAUGUCUAUUAAUGAAAUACUAGAGUCUUUGAGUUCUAAAAAGUCAGAUUAUAAGAGUGAUAUCAAUUUAAAAGAGAGACUGAAUGAAACUGACUCAUUCCAUUCAUCUCCAGCUUCAAUAAACUUAGAAGAAAGCCAAAAUGAUGCUUUAAAACAACAAUCUUCUACCGUAUUAACUGAAUGUCAUAAUUCUCCAGUCAGGUUUUUUGAUGAGUCACCUGCUCUUUUAACAGCAUUGCCAUUGAGUUCAAAAUCUUCAAAAGAACUAGUUUCUGAUAGCUUUAUAUUAUUAACUUCUAGUGAUGAAGAUUCUGUUAAAGAUGAAGAGUCAGUUGAUCACUUUUCUGCAGAUGAAACUGAGUUAUCGCCUAAACUUAACAGAAAUCAAGAUGAUUCAGAUUGUUUUUUUGAAUCAUUAGAAGAACAAACCAAUACGCAGGAGCAUAUUUCUGAUUCUGCAUAUAUUACAAUAAAUGAAAAAUCUAUCAAAAAAACUCAAAAAAAUGAUUCAUCUAAUAAUGAAUGUUUUAAUAAUGAGGUUAAUAAGUUUAAUAUUGAAAAUAAUUUUGUUCCUAGUUUUGAAGAAACACCCCAAGAUACAAACGAAUGCAAAAUCAACUCAAAGGAAUUUGAACUGUGUUCUUCUGAAAUUAAAAAUAGUUACACAACUGAACUUGAACAGUAUUCUUCUGAGUUAACAAAUAGUUGUUCAAAUGAGCUUGAACAGUAUCCUUUUAAGGUAACAAAUAAUUGUUCAAAUGAACUUGAACUGUAUCCUUCUGAAGUUUCAAAUAGUUUUUCAAAUGAAUUUGAACAGUAUCCUUUUAAGGUAACAAAUAGUUGUUCAAAUGAGCUUGAACAGUAUUCUCCUAAGGUCAUAAAUAUUGAAAAUAUUAAAGAAGACAGUGAGGCGUUAAACAACUUGGAAUUGUAUUCGCAUGACUCCCUUAAAAGCAAUGCAAAUGAUUUUUUAGAGAGUUCUACUUUUAAUGUUGAUCAAAGUGUUAAGUGUAAUUAUGAUAUUGAUUUUGGUUUUGAAAAAUCAGACAACACAUUUUCUUUUAAUGGAUGUAGUGAAGAAACCAAAAAAGAAUUAUUGAGUGACAAUAUUUCUAUAAAUCGUUACACUGUUAAACAAGUUGAAAGUUUAAAAGAAAUACAAAAUGAAGUUUUUCUUUCAGAGGAUUUUGUCAAUGAUGUGGAACACAAUGAAUCAUGUCAAAAUGUUAUACCAAAUGAUGUGGAACACAGUGAAUUAUGUCAAAACGUUAUACCAAAUGAUGUGGAACACAGUGAAUCAUGUCAAAAUGUUAUUCCAAAUGAUGUGGAACAUAGUGAAUCAUGUCAAAAUGUUAUACCAAAUGAUGUAAAACUCAGUGAAUCAUCUCAAAAUGUUAUACCAAAUGAAGCUGAAGUUUUAAAUAGAAAUGUUGACUUUCAAGUAAAAUUACAAAAUCAACUUUCUUCUGAUAAUAAUGCAGAUAUUGAAAUAACUGAAUCUAGCUACAAGCAACUAUAUUUUGAUUCAAUAGAAAAUUCUUCAGAACAUUUACCUAGUAGAAAUGUUAUUAAUGAAGAGAAAAAUCUAACAGCAGUAUCAACAGAAAAUGAAGCAACAAGUUUAUGCAAUCAAAGUCCAGGUGUCUUAAAAGACAAACAAAAUGUUAGCAAAUUGAACGAGCCGACCCCCCUUCGAAGAUCUGCCAGAAAGUCAGUUUUGCAAAUCAAGACACAAACAGAAGCAACUCAAAUCAAACGUAAUUUAAAUUAUUCAGAUGAACCAUCUUAUAGUUUAAUUCCACCAAAAGAUGAUGAACUAACAAUCAUUGAUCCUGAACAAUUAUCUGAUUCAUCUGAAAAAAUAGUGGACGUUGAAAUAAAUAAAAUAAAAUCUACUGAACAGAUUAAAAAAACUCGCAGAACAACUGGAAGAAGACUUAAAAAUGAACAAUACUUACCUUCUAAUGUGGAAGUUGUAAUGCAUAAAAUGCCAAUUUCUGAAUUAGAUAUAGAUUAUAAACGAUUAGGACAUUCAUACACAGAAAGCUAUGUUGAUUUAAUGCAGCCCCUCCAAAUAAUACGUACCAAUGAAGUUGAAGUAAAAGAAGAACCUGAAAUUCAAUUUAAUAAAAGUAUUGCAAAACAAGAAAAAAUACAAAAAAAGAAUAUGGACAGCAGCCCUUGUUCAUUAUCAGAAGUAGAAGCUAUUAAAACACCUAAAAAAAUUUUAAGAACAAGAAACAAUUUAAAAAAAGAGGACACUGGUGAAAAAAGUUACUCUAGAACAAAAGCAAAAGAUGUUGAGAGAAUGUUUGAAAAUAAUGAUGAUGUGAAUCAAACAAAUGAAGAUGAAUUAAAUCGAUCAAUGAAUACCAGUUAUUCGCUUAGAAGCUUACAGAAUAAAUCUACACCCAGCAAAUAUAUUACUCGAAAUAAACAAAAACAAGAAACUCCUAUUCUUGUUUCUAAUAUUAACAUUAAAACCCAAACAUUAGAGAAAAAUACUUCACCAAUUGAACACAAUAAUGAAGUCCCAUCUAGGAGAUAUACAAGAUCUUCCUUUGGUCGAAUUGAACAUAUUGAAGAUCCUUUGCUAGCAUUGAUUGAAACAGGAUUGACCUCAGAAACAACUAGCAAUAAAAAAAGAAGUCGCUUAUCCAGUAAUGCACGUGUCAACAAAAACAGUAUAUUAAACUUUGAAAUUGAUAAAGACGUUAACGCUCAAACUCCGAAGCGUGUUGCCAAGAGCAAAGCAAAGCCUACUGAGAUUCUUCCUCGCCGCAGUACAAGAAGGUCGGCUCUUCCGUAAAUGAAUGAUUUUUUUUAUAUAGAGUUGAGGUUAUCACUUUUUUAAAAAACAACAUUUAAGAAGUGGUUGUUAUAAAUAUUGUUGAGUUGAUCCGAAAUUAUUUCAUCUUGUAAUAUUUUUGUUUGUGAAUUAUUUUUUAUCAAAAAGAAACAUUAGUAUAUUAA